CCCAGCCUUCCCUACUUUUUUUUUGAGAAAAGGUCUCACUAAAUUAUCCAGGUUGGUCUUGAACUUGUGAUCUUCCUGCCUUAGUUGCUGGGAUUACAGGUGUGCUGCACCCGCCAGGCAGUUCUAUUAUUUUCAGAAGCUAGAAUCUAAUUUUUCUUUGCUCCUUCCCCACUCCCCCACCCCUAAAUACUGGGGAUGAAACCCAGGGGUAAAGUAACCGCUGAGUAAUAUCCCAGCCCAGCACUUUUUAUUUUUGGGUACUUAUUGAGCCCAAGGGUGCUUUAUCACUGAGUUACAUCCCCAGUCAUUUUUAUUUUUUAUUUUGAGACAGAGUCUCACUAAAUUGGCUCAUUAAAUUGCUAGGCUGGUCUGGAAGUUGCGAUCCAAGUCUCAGGGAUUACAGGAAUGCGUCACCGCGCCCGGAUCCCAGCAAUUAAUUAAUUAAUUAAUUAAUGUUUCAUAAGGUCUCGCUAAAUUGCCGAGGCUGACUUACUGGCCAUCUUUCUUAGUGUCCCUACUGAAUUACUGGUAUUACCGGUGUGGGUUACCACACGUUUUGUUUUGUUUUAAUAACAAACACAAAUAUGCCUAUUCACUAGUCGAGGUGGCGCACUUUGUAAUCUCUGCGAUUUAGGAGGCUGAGACCUAAGGAUCGCAAAUUCUAAAUCAGCCUCAGCAAUUUAGUGAGACUCUGAAUCAAAAUUUUAGAAAGGGCUUGGAGAUGUAGCUCCGCGGUAGGAGCACCCCUGGGUUCAGUCCCCAACACCCGUCCCGACACGAAUCUUUAUUAGGUGGGUUUCAGCCUUGUCUUAUAGAUGAGAAAACCAAAAUUUGGAGUGGAGCAUACAGUUGUCCAGCCUUACGUUUGGAAAGGCUGCCUCCAAAGCUAUAGUUAGCAAUCACCCGGGUUCGCAAGGCGCACCGCGGGUAAGGCGAAAACUUCAAUUCCCGUGGGGCUGUGCGGAAGCAUCGCGAUAUCUUCCUUAAAUGCGACGGCGGGAACGCAGUAUCGGCAGCUUCCUGUGCGUUUGCGAAAGCCGGAGGCGGUGAGGAUGGCCGACAACUGGGACAGCGAGCCUACUAUUCGCACGGUCCUGCAGCGCGUGCUGGAUAACGCGGAUUCGCGUACCCCGCGGCGACCCCGGAGUUCCGGGGCUGGUGCCCAGAGAACCCUACUUACAACAUCUUCCUCCAGGAGGCUGAGUAGCAGAACAAAGACAUCUGCCAAACAGCGUUCCCAUGGAGUCAGGUCUAUUGGCAGACUGGCCCACAUUCAAGUCAUUGGUAACCUAAAGGAACAGACACCCCGGACUCUGGUAGAGAACAUCCUAAUAACUGCAGCCCCCAAAUCUUCCAUCCUCACGCCAGAGGCCAUGGUGAAGCCAGUGCCAGCACUGCAGGUGGUCCAACCCUCCAGAAGGGAAAGCAGUCAGGGCAGCCUGGAGCUACAACUUCCUGAACUUGAGCCCCGGACAACCCUGGCUGCAGGUCUGCCAGCCUCUGACAGGAAGAAGCAGAGGUUGAGAUUGUCAGUGUUUCAGCAGGAAGUAGACCAGGGCCUGCCUCACUUGCAAGAGCAUCCUGAAAAUGCUGAUGCCCCAUCCCUUACCAGCUCCUUCAACCUGACUUUUGCUACACCUCUUAAGCCACAGUCAGUGAGGAGACCUGGUUUGGCUCGCAGACCUCCCCGCCCCCGUGCUAUAGAUGUGGGUGCCUUGUUGCAGGAUCUGCAAGAUAAUUCCUUGGCCUUGGCUCCUCCAGGUGACAGCCUUAAAACCCCUAUUGCAAAUCUGCCAUCGGACACUGUACUGGAAGAUACCCAGCCAUUCUCACAGCCCUUGGUUGGCUGCUCCCCCAGUGUACAUCGCUCUCUGCCCAACCCCUUUCCUACUGGUACUGAAGAUGCUGAGAGGACUACGGGGGAUAGGACACAGAGCAGUGGACCUGGGCUACAGAACCACAAAGUAAUGGAAGCAGAGGAAUCCCAGGAGACUAUGGAGACAGAGGAGCCAGAAGGAUCUUCAGAGGAUGAGAACACCUCUGACAGGCCAGCAAGUCCACAAUUGGCAUCCAGCACCCCCAGGUUCCUUCAGGCCAAGCGACUGCAUUCAAUUCUUGAGCCAGCCCCACCGCCUGAUGUUGCAGUCUUGCCUUCAGAGACUAGGGAGCCUGUGUCAGCCCGGCUUACCCCCAGACCCCGAACUGCUGGCUCCAGGCCCCGUCAAGAUUCCUAUAAGGCUGGACUGAACCACUAUGCAAAACUCUUCAGCUUCUAUGCUAAGAUGCCUAUGGAGAGGAAGGCUUUUGAAAUGGUGGAGAAAUGCCUAGACAAGUAUUUCCAGCACCUGUGCAAUGACCUGGAGGUAUUUGCUGCUCAUGCUGGCCGAAAGACCGUGAGGCCAGAAGACCUGGAACUGUUGAUGCGACGGCAGGGCCUGAUCACUGACCAAGUCUCAUUGUAUGUGCUUGUGGAACGACACCUACCCCUGGAGUACCGGCAGCUGCUCAUCCCCUGUGCAUUCAGUGGGAAUUCUGUCUUCCCUGUGCAGUAGUGGCCAGGCUUCAAUAUGCUGUCUCCCCACCUGAGGCCUCUUAACCCCACAUAACCCUCCAGCUCUCCUCCCUGUCCCCUAGCAUCAAUAAAUUGUGACAAAUAGAA